UGCAUCCAUCAUGGCCGUCGGAAAGAACAAGCGUCUUAGUAAGGGAAAGAAGGGUUUGAAGAAGAAGGUCGUCGACCCUUUCACCCGCAAAGACUGGUAUGACAUCAAGGCUCCCUCUAUGUUCGAGGUUCGCCAGGCCGGUAAGACCCUCGUCAACCGCACCCAGGGUCUCCGUAACGCCAACGACUCCCUCGAUGGUCGUGUUCUCGAGCUCUCCCUCGGCGAUCUCGCCAAGGAUGAGACCCGCGCCUUCCGCAAGAUCCAGCUCAAGGUUGAUGAGAUCCAGGGUAAGAACCUGCUCACCAACUUCUACGGCAUGGACAUGACCACCGACAAGCUCCGCUCUAUGGUCAAGAAGUGGCAGACCCUCAUCGAGGCCUUUGUUGAUGUCAAGACCACUGAUGGUUAUCUUGUCCGUAUCUUCACCGUUGCCUUCACUUCCCGUCGCCGCAACCAGGUCAAGAAGACCACCUACGCCCAGUCCGCCCAGAUCCGUCAGAUCCGCAAGAAGAUGUUCGAGAUCAUGUCCGAGGAGGCUGUUGUCUGCGACUUGAAGGAGUUGGUUGCCAAGGUUACCUCCUCUGCCUCUGCUUCGGCUCAGGACUCUAUUGCUGUCCGCAUCGAGAAGGCUUGCCACGGUAUCUACCCUCUCCAGAACACCUACACCCGCAAGGUCAAGAUCCUCAAGGCACCCAAGUUCGAUGUCUCUGCCCUCUUGGCCCUCCACGGUGGUGCCUCUGCCGGUGACUCUGAUGUCGGUGCCAAGAUCUCCAAGGAGUUCGUCGAGCCCCCCGUCCUUACCAGCGUUUAAAGCCUUGGUUUAAUUUCUCUAUACGUUUUUUACCUUUUUUUUUUUACUUUUCUAUCUUUCGAUUUCUCUCACUCUCUCUCUUUUUCUUUUUCUCUUUUUUAUUUCUUAAAAAGGAAAAAAUUAAAAUAAUAGAAAGAUUUUGCUGUAAAAAAAUAAAAAAGAAAUAAAUUAAAUUAAAAAAAUUAUUCAAGAUGAAAACACUCUU